AUGAAUACAUCAACUAAAAACAUUGCACCUGCCAGUAUCACAGCCACGUCUACCACCACUUCAUCAAAGUACAAUUUCCUACCGAAGUUCAACCAACAACAAGAACAGCAACAACAGGCUAGUGGAAACAACAACCAGCACUAUAACAAUGUAAACACCACUCAGCAGAAUCAACAGCAACAGGCACAUCAUCAUCAAAGUAGGGUAUUUUCAAACGAUGUAAUUGAUUCAUUAGCCAACAGUUUGUCAUUCAAUCGAACAGUGAGUUCAUCAUCAUCCAUCUUGAGUACACCUAGCAACAACAUAAGAAAGUAUCAGCGGCAGCAACAACAACAGCAGCAACACCAACAGCAGCAACACCAGAACAAUCGUCACAACCAUCAUCAUCAUCAUCAUCAGCAUCAUCAUCACUAUGACAACACUCAUAACCAUUCUCAGCCGCAUCUGAAGCCAGAUACUCACCCCCAAGAUGACAAUAAACAAAUUGGUGUAGAAAAAAGUGUUGGCCGUAUAUCAAGAAAUGGACAAUUGAUCAAGAACAAGCUAUUGAAUCUUCAUCAAUCACAUAAACUGCUACAACCAAGUACUGGUAACAAUGUGCAACAACAAAAAACCCACCAAGCAACCACACAACUGGAAUUACAACACUCUCCUCGCAAAAUUACUCAUGAUGCGGAGUAUUACACUCGGAAAGUUAUAUUUGGCAAUGAUACAUCAGAUAGCGAAAUCGACGAUGAGGAGAACGAACAAGUAGAAGAAGACGCAUCGCCAAUACGAUCGAUUCCUGGGUAUACAAAAGGAGAAUUGCAAUUGUUGCUAAAACAACCAACCCAAUUGAAUGAAGAAGAUGAAAGAAAGUUGUUGCUAGAAUAUAAGAGAAAUCUUAUGUCCAAGCAAGAAAGAUACUUUAUGAAAUCACACUCAUUAGCUAUACGUCGACAGGUUCAAGUGUCACAAAAGAAAGAUGUAUUGGCAAAAAUGUUUGGUGAUAACAGCAUGCUAAUCAGUGAACACAUGACAAACAAUACAGACUACUCCUCUCUGGACCAUUCUUUCAAUAUUCAUAAAGUAUUGAAUGAAGAUAAUGAGGAAAUUACCAACUUAUUGGAAGAAGAUACUUGGUUUCAAGCAUCAAUGGAGGAAUUUAGAACCAUGAUGGAUAAAAAGAAGCAACUGUAUGUACUAACUGAUGGUAGUGGUGGAGAGCACGAGUUUAAAAUUGCAGUAUCAGAUCUAAUUAACAAGUUUGAUUCUGGCAUGGAGGGUGAUGAUGAUGAUGCUGCUGAUUACGAAAUGAUGAUCGAUCGAAAUCAGGAGCUAUAUCAGUUAGGAUUGUCUCAUUUGAAAGCGAUAUGCAAACAAGAAAGAGAAGAAAGUGAGAUACAGUUUUAG